CUCACAUGAGGGGCAACGCUAUUUAUAUCUGAUGUGAUUGAACGACGUGCCUAGGCUGCUAGGACCUAGGUAUACGACAUGUAAGAAAUUUAAGAACGAAUGAAGCAUCUGGGCUGCUUGGUUGCCCGGUAAAAGGACCGGAAUCCGAUAAGUAAACGCCUAUUCAUGCAUGCCGCUCUAUGGCUCUACGCCAACAGGCUACAUAGCCGACAGAACCAGCCCACCUGCGUCUUUGGGUAAAGCUUCGGGGCUUACAUGGGGGCGGAAACAUCGAAGACUUCGAAGUAACAUGUAUAUUGAAGCAGGGGAAAUCAUACGUCUGAUGAAAAGAGUUUGAGUGAUACUAUGAUAAUGGUGCGAAUUACGGCUCGGGCAACCGAAGGCGCGAUUCUUUUCUGUUGAUGGUCUCGACUCUUAGUUGGUGUUGGACCAUCAUGAACGGAACUCCUAGCGCUUUGAGCCAGGGAGACGUAAAGUCCCCGAAUCUUGCACUAGAUGCCGCAACAAACAACGAAACCCCGGCUACACAAAUGCCGUUGACUAACAGCGGGAUGGAUGAUCCUGCCGAUUCAGCUGAGCAAAGUGCCGGAGAGAACAAGACGUCCGCUGCUAAGCGGGAUUUCCGAUUUUGGGCUAUCAUCGUGGGAUUAUGCAUCGCCAAUUUUCAAUCGUCACUUGAGAACAGUGUCAUCGUGACAUCUGGACCCGCCAUCGUCAAUGACCUGCAGAUGGGCGAAGAGUUCAUUUGGAUUACAAAUGCCUUCUUCCUAUGCUGUGCCGCUGUUCAACCCCUAUUUGGUCAACUGUGCAAUAUCUUUGGUCGUCGAUGGCUUAUGUUGUUUGCCAUCGUCCUUUUCACCCUCGGCAGCGGCAUCUGUGGUGGUGCAAGAAAUAGCGCCAUGCUGAUAGCCGGGCGUGGCGUUCAAGGUGCAGGAUCAGGAGGUAUCGGCAUGAUUGUUAGUAUUAUCAUCGCCGACUUAGUACCUCUCCGUGAGCGAGGCUACUUCUUAGCAAUUAUCAUGAUUCUAUAUACCGUUGGGAUGACUUGUGGCCCAAUUGUGGGGGGUGCUAUUGUUGAUGCGACUACCUGGAGAUGGGUCUUCUGGAUCAACCUUCCGAUCGGUGGCGUAUCGCUGGUGUUACUGUACUUUUUCCUACACGUCAACUACAAUAAGGAGAUGACGUUAAACCAGAAGCUGAGGCGCAUUGACUGGGUCGGCAACGGUCUCCUGAUGGCUGGUACUAUCGUCAUGCUAUACGCGCUCACCUAUGCGGGCGUUAAGUACUCGUGGGGUUCAUGGCAAACAUUGGUCCCACUGCUCAUAGGUUUAUUCGUUAUUGUCCUCUUCGCCGUGUGGGAAGGGCGUAGUCUGUCUCCAGAGCUUGUGAUGCCACCACAGCUAUUCCGUCACCGUACCUCGCUCAUAUCGGCUAUCAACACCUUUCUUCACUGGAUGCUUGUUUAUUGGGGCACAUAUUUUCUCCCUAUCUAUUUCCAAGCCGUAUUGCUAUUUUCAGCUGAGCGUGCGGGUGUAUCAUUGCUACCCAUGACGCUCAUUUCCAUCCCGGGAUGCGCUGUGGCUGCUAUACUUGUCUCGCGUUGGGGAAAAUUCAAGAUGUUGCACUUAAUAGGUGAAGCGGUCUUCACUGUAGGGUUAGGAUUAUUUGCACUACAGUGGGAGGGCAGCACUACAGCUGAGUGGGCUACAUAUCAAAGUAUAGGUGCACUUGGUGGCGGUGUUGUUUUAGAGACCUUAUUACCGGCUUUUCAGGCACCGGUUUCCGAGAAAGAUCAAGCAGCUGCUACAGCGACUUGGGCUUUUAUUAGAACAGUCGGUGGCGUUUGGGGCGUCGCCAUUCCUGCCACCAUCUUUAAUAACCGAGUUGAUCAACUAAUUUACACGAUUUCGGAUCCACAAGCUCGCCAAUUACUAGCAGGCGGCGGCGCAUAUUCGCACGCGUCCGCCUCUUUCAUCACAUCUUUCCCCGACCCCGUAGUCGCCGAGAUUUGUGCUGUCUAUAGAGAAGCAUUGAAGUUGGUAUUCUUGACGGCAGUAGCUUUUGGAGGGGUGGCUACUUUGCUUUUCUUAUUAGAAAAGGAUGUUCCCUUAAGGCAACAGCUCGAGACCGAGUACGGGUUGAUGGAAAAGACAACCCUGGUAGAAAAUGAUGUUGAGAAGAACAAUAAAAGGCCCUCGACGUAGACAGUCUCACGAUUUUUGUUAUAAACAAUGAAAACAUUAGAGACUGCCUAAAAAUUCAAUGCAGAGCAAAGGGCAAGGCACAGGU